CGUGAGGCUCACAAGGACCGGCUGCAGACUCUCUCGUGUUCGCUCCAGGAUUCACCGUGACCAGGAGAUCAUAUAGGCAAGCGUAAGGGUCGAAACCUUCCGGAAAAUCAUGCCUGCUCUCGGUAAACGGAAGGCUCAUUGACUUGGCAGCAUGUCGGAGCGGCGCUACGGGCGGAGAUUUCCCGCGACUGAGGGACAAUUACUGUGAGAUGCCGACGCACCAUGGAUCCGCAUCCCGGGACAGUCCGGGUCCUUUCCCUCUCUCUCGGCCCCACGAUCCGGAUGAAUGAAUGGACUUUAUUUCUUACAUCCUUCUCAUACAUGAGGAGUAAAAUUCUUUUUGUUACAGUAAUAAUAAUAAUAAAUGAAAUAAAAAUAAUAGUAAUGAACAAAUAAACCAAUUACAAUAUGCUUAUCUUGAAUAGAUUUUAAAAACGUGCAAAAACAGAAAUACAUUAUGUUAAAAAAGUGAGGUGGUGUCCAAGGGCACAAUGUCCAUUGAGGAAUCGGACGGCAGAAGGGAAGAAGCUGUUGCUGAAUCGCCUAGUGUGUGCCUUCAGGCUCCUGUACCUCCUACCUGACAGUGACAGUAAGAAAAGGACAUGCCCUGGGUGCUGGAUGUACCCAGAAGAAGCCAGAAUAAAAAUAUGGGGAGGGGAAAGAGGCUAGCUGGAAGGUGGCAGGUGGGUGGGAACGGUCAAGGGUUGGAGAAGAAAUAAUCUGGUCGGUGAGGAGAGUGCACAUGAGGGGAGAGAGGAGGAGGGGUCCCGGCGGAUGUAAUAGGCAGGUGAGAAGUAAGAGUGUGGAAUAGAGGAAGACGGGGGUGGGGGUGGGUUUGGUCUAUCAGAAGGCGAGAUCAAUAUUCACGCAUCAGGUUGGAGUACUCAGACCGAAUAUAAGAUGUCGCACCUCCACCCUGACGGGGGAAUUCAUCCCGGCACAAGAGGAGGCCAUCGAUCAACAUGUCAGAACAGGGAUGGGAAUCAGUAUUGAAAUGUUUGGCACUGGGAGGUUCUGCUCGGGACGGAUGGUGCGAAGCUGCCCCACGAAUUGUUCCCCUAAUUGAUGAGCUGAUGCUCAGGAGGGAGGAGCAACACCUGAUAUUCCUGGUUCCCUCCAACCUGAUGAGCUGAACCAUAGCACCGGUCUUGUCUGGUGAAUCCAGAGACCCAAGGGAAGCUGUCUCUCCAUCUGAAUGAUGGUCUUUUUGACCUCCUGAAGACCUGUACUUGAGUAACAGUCAUGUUCCGCUGCCCACUUCCCCAGCUGUUCUCCAUCUCACUGUAACCUCAGACAACCCUCACUUCCCCCACACACCAGUUCCGGUGCCAUCCAGAAUCUCACUAAUUGUUCGAUCUGCAUUCCCUUACAAAUCAUUCACACCCGUGACCAGCACCAGUUCACUGCAAGGUGACAGAAAGAAGUGAGAGUAGAGCUCAGCUCAAACAAAUAAUACAAGUGAAACAAAGAGCAGGAGAGUGGUGGUGGAGGGGAACUCGUUGGGUCUGGUGUCCAGAAGGAAACGGAGAGCUCUGUGACUUUCCUGGUAGGAGGGGGAGGUGUAAAUGGACGGGGUAUCCACAGUGAUAGUAAGAUGAUCGUGGCCAGGGAACUUGAAAUCAUUGAAUAAUUUCUCCUGUGUUGCUUGGACUUCCAGCAUCUGCAGAGUUUCACCUGUUUGUGACCGGGAAAUUCCGUUUGUUGUGGACAGAGCAAAGGUACUUGACAAAGUGGACUCCCGAUCUACAUUGGGCCUCACUGACGUAGCGGAGGCUGAACCAGCAGCAUCAGCCCAUCACACCUACCGGGACACAGGCCGUCAACAGCAGCUCGUCAGAGACCCAUGUCCAGGGCGAAGGUUACCGGCCCUGUGGAUUCUCCUUUCACCGCAGGACUUCAAUCGUCUUCCAGGGGAAGGACCUUCCGAUCUCAGGGAUGAGGCCUUUGGAGGUUCAUUUGACAUUUCUGUGCACUGCCACUUUUCGGGACCAGGUUGCAAACCCCAGGCCCAGGGCUCCGACAGUCCACGGCCAAAUUUUCAUUUAUGUUCUGAUCUGUUUAACGUGUUGCUGAUCCCACCCUGCGAUGGAAAUUACCACCAUUACUUCCCAUUGAACACAACCAGCAGCAGAAUGUUCAUUCCCCGAGUCUGCAGCGCGCGCAGUGGACAAUCGCGGUACUGCAGGGGAUCAGCAACUCCCCGAAAGUGAAAGCAUUCUGAAUCAGGAAGUGGCGAGAGUUAUGGCUUCGAAAGGACUGGUCGAGAGUUGGACCGAGGAGGUAAUUUGUCCCAUCUGCCUGGAUUUCUUCACCGAUCCGGUGUCACUGGAGUGUGGACACAACUUCUGUCGCUCUUGUAUCACACAGUGUUGGGAAAGGGAGCAGAGAAACUCCUGCCCGGAAUGUAGAGAGGUGUUAGCCGACCGCACCCUCAGGGUGAAUCGGGCCUUAGCAAAUCUGGCUGAAAAAGCUCGAAAUCUAAACCUGAAUCCGAAAGGGAAGGAAAGUAAACUUCACUGCGAGGAACAUGAGGAAGAACUGAAGCUGUUUUGUGAAACGGACAAGACACUGAUCUGUGUGAUCUGUGCAGUGGCGGAGGAACACAGAGAGCACCGCUUCCGGCCGAUUAAAGAAGCUGUUAACAUCUACAAGGAUCAGCUAAAAUCUUCCUUAGACUCUCUCACAAAAAAGAAAUCAGACUUCCAGGAAAAGGAGCAGCAACAGAAAGAGAAGAUUUCCGGAGUUAGGGAACAGUCACACAGCCUUCAGUCCCACAUCACAUCCCAGUUUGCUGAACUGCGUCGGAUUAUCACUGAGAAAGAGCAGAGCUUACUCAGGGAUCUCAGGGAAGAAGAGGAGAGGAUUCUCAACCCAAUGGAGAAAAAUCUUCUGGCUCUUCAAGAGAAUAUAAGGAUUAUUCAGGAGGAAAUCUCAAAGUUAAAGGAACAGAUGGAUCAAAAAGAUGGUGUGAUAUUUCUCAAGGAGGAAGCUCAUCGGAACAGGAGGAUUAAUGAUGACGUCCAGGAAUUGUCAGUGACAGAUGAGGCCCAACCGUUUGAAAAAUUCGAUCACCCCUAUUUGUUGAACACUGCGCUGAGGGAAACAGUUGAUGCCAUUAAUCAAGUCUCUGUCACCCUGGAUGUGGACACGGCGAAUCCGGAGCUCGAGGUGUCUGAGGAUCGGAAGAGUGUGAGACGGACCCGGACCUGGAGAGAUCUCCCUGACACCAGGAAGAGAUUCACAAACCGGUCUUGUGUGCUGGGAUCGGAGGGAUUCCCAUCGGGGAGACAUUACUGGGAGGUGGAGGUGACGGGGAUUCGGGUCUGGGGUCUGGGAGUCGCCGCAGAGUCUGUGGAGAGGAAGGGAGGGGUCAGACUGAGUCCGGAGACCGGAUUCUGGGUCAUCGGGCGGGAUGGUGACGUGUUAUAUCGGGAUUAUGACGUGUCCGGUGGUUCCAUCUCCCCCGAGUCCCGUCUCGCUGCCGGUCCCAUCCCCGGGAGGGUGGGAGUUUAUCUCAGUUACGAGUCCGGGACAGUUUCAUUUUACAACGCGGAGACCAAGUCCCAUCUCCACACCUUCACUGGGAAUAAAUUCACGGGGAAACAUUAUCCUUUCUUCGCGACCUGGGAUGAAAACCAGUGGCUGAGAAUCUGCUCCGGUUCCGCUCCGGGUCUGUAAACGGGUCGGGUCCCGGGACCGGCGUCAGGAGUAAAGUCCCUGUAAAUAUAAAUGUGCGGAGAGUGCAGCUAAAUACGUGGCUAAGGGGAUGGUGCAGGAGGGAGGGCUUCAUGUUUCUGGACAAUUGGGCUUUGUUCCCGGGAAGGUGGGGCUUGUUCCGACGGGACGGUUUGCCCCUAAACUGGGCGGGGGUGGGGGGGGGGAAUAACAUUCUUGCGGGUAGAUUUGCCAGUGCUGCUCCGGGGAAUUUAAUCUAGAUUUGCAGAGGGAGGGGAACCAGAGUGUUAGAGCAGAUAGUGAGGUGCAGGAGGAUAAGGAACAUGAGAGGACUGCAUGUAAAAAAGAAAUGAAAAAAAAAAGCA